UUACUUCCGGGUUUUACAGCAACAUGGCAGCGCCCUUAGGUCUGCACCUGGAGUUUGGAGGAGGAGCUGAGCUGCUAUUUGAUGGGGUCAAGAAUCAUGAAGUGACACUCCCUGACCAAUCAAAUCCCUGGGACAUGAAGCAGCUGCUGGCGUGGAUCCGAGGGAACAUGCUAAAGGAGCGUCCAGAGCUUUUUAUGCAGGGCGACACUGUUAGACCUGGGAUUCUGGUAUUGAUUAACGACGCAGACUGGGAACUGAUGGGAGAAUUGGACUACCAACUUCAGGACAAGGAUAACGUUGUCUUUAUUUCCACACUUCAUGGAGGCUAAAUUACUCUAAAAGACACAACGCACCCAUACAGGAGCCCCUCCACAAUUCAAAAGGUCAAAUAUAUGAUGAUCCAUCAACAGCGGCAUUGGUGACUGAUUUCAAUUCCAGUCGUGGACGUCUCGACCAAUCGAGAAUUCUGAAUAUCUGAUAAGUCCUAUAAAGUGUAUAUUGUCGUUGGGAAUCUGGCACUGCAGGGACAGUUCAUGGCCCAUGUACCUUUCAGGAGCGUGGCGGGGUUACGAUGGAGAGCAAGGGCUCAUUAAGAAGGUCACUCUGUCUAGCCACUGUCCAGAUGGAUUCUCUUGAGACAUGGUGGACCGGUUGCCCCAUGUCAAAUGGCUCCGUUAUAAUUUUCUUUUCGAUGCCUUUAUAAUCUGGUCGAUGCCUUUUCAAUUGUAUCAGUCAAAAUGCUUUUAUUUUUAAUCUAAAUAAAUAAUGUAAAUAUUG